AUGGCAGGCGGCGGAUUCGUGGAGGAGAUGAUGAGGGAGCAGAGCCUCCUGGAGGCGACGUGCGGCGACCUCUUCGACCACAUCGACGACCUCCUCGACUUCCCCAAGGAGGACUCCGCCGCCGACGUGCUCCUCCUGGACGCGCCGGCGCCGGGGAGCCCGCUCUCCGCGCGCAUCAUCGACGUCGGCCGCGCCGGCAAUGCGCUCGCCCCGCCCCCUCCCCAUGCGCUGGCGCCGCCGCCCCCCGCGCAGCACGACGCCUCCGCCAGCGCCUUCUUCGCCGCCGCGGGGCCCGACGUGUUCGACCCCAAGGACGUCGUCGGCGCACACAUCGGCUCGUGCGACGACAUGGACAUGGACAUGGACAUGGCGCAGCUGGAGUGGCUGUCGGGGCUCUUCGACGACGCCUCCAUCCCGCACGAGCCGGCGUUCCCGGGCGCGGCGGCUGGCUGCGCGGCGCCCAUCAUCAAGAGCUCCGCGAUGGCGGCCGGCGCGCUGCUGUUCCGCAGCUCCAGCCCCAUCUCGGUGCUGGAGCACGGCAGCUUCAACAACGCUAACGGCGGCGGCAGUGGCAGCGCCGGAGGCUCCGCGUCCUCCUUGUCGUCCUCGGCGUCCUCCUCCUCGGAGUCCUUCUCCGGGAGCGGCAGCGGGAGUGGCGGAGGCCACGCGUGGUCGGCGCCCGUGUCGCCGCGCCAGGCGGCGCCGCCGCCCGUGCUCGUCAUACCAGCGCGCGCGCGGAGCAAGCGCUCCCGCCCGUCCGCGUUCACCGGCGCCGCCGCGCGCGCCGGGGUGGCUGAGGCGCCCACCAUCCUCGUGCCGACUCCUAUGUACUCGUCCGGGUCGUCCCACUCGGACCCCGAGAGCAUCGCCGAGUCCAGCCCGCACCCGGCGCCGCCCAUGAAGAAGAAGAAGAAGGCCAAGAAGCCGGCGCCCCCCUGUCCUGCUGCCUCUUCUGAUGACAACGACGGCGACGCCGACUACGAGGAAGGCGGCGAGCGCGCGGAGCCGCAGGGCGGCGCCGUCAGGAGGUGCACGCAUUGCCAGAUCGAGAAGACGCCGCAGUGGCGCGCAGGGCCGCUGGGGCCCAAGACGCUCUGCAACGCCUGCGGCGUGCGCUACAAGUCCGGCCGCCUGUUCCCGGAGUACCGCCCCGCGGCGAGCCCCACCUUCGUGCCGUCCAUCCACUCCAACUCGCACAAGAAGGUGGUGGAGAUGCGCCAGAAGGCUGUCCGCAGCGGCGACCCGUCGUGCGACCUCCUGCAGUUCAUCCGCCGCCGGGAUUGA